AUGGAGGGACGUCGGCCCUUCGCUCUCUAUGGCAUCUGGCAUAUCAACACACCUCAUAUAUGGCACUACACUAUGGAGGUACGUGGUGCCUACAGCCAGGAGAGCACCACAGACACCACCACCAGCGUCGACACGGCCACCAGAGCCAAGCCAUCAGUCAAUAACCUCUGUGGAGUGGAUAGCUACUCCCAUCCACCGCUGAAGAGUCAGCCACUCUCCCAUCCACCGCUGAAGAGUCAGCCACUCUCCCAUCCACCGCUGAAGAGUCAGCCACUCUCCCAUCCACCGCUGAAGAGUCAGCCACUCUCCCAUCCACCGCUGAAGAGUCAGCCACUCUCCCAUCCACCGCUGAAGAGUCAGCCACUCUCCCAUCCACCGCUGAAGAGUCAGCCACUCUCCCAUCCACCGCUGAAGAGUCAGCCACUCUCCCAUCCACCGCUGAAGAGUCAGCCACUCUCCCAUUCACCGCUGAAGAGUCAGCCACUCUCCCAUCCACCGCUGAAGAGUCAGCCACUCUCCCAUCCACCGCUGAAGAGUCAGCCACUCUCCCAUCCACCGCCGAAGAGUCAGCCACUCUCCCAUCCACCGCCGAAGAGUCAGCCACUCUCCCAUCCACCGCCGAAGAGUCAGCCACUCUCCCAUCCACCGCUGAAGAGUCAGCCACUCUCCCAUCCACCGCUGAAGAGUCAGCCACUCUCCCAUCCACCGCUGAAGAGUCAGCCACUCUCCCAUCCACCGCUGAAGAGUCAGCCACUCUCCCAUCCACCGCUGAAGAGUCAGCCACUCUCCCAUCCACCGCUGAAGAGUCAGCCACUCUCCCAUCCACCGCUGAAGAGUCAGCCACUCUCCCAUCCACCGCCGAAGAGUCAGCCACUCUCCCAUCCACCGCCGAAGAGUCAGCCACUCUCCCAUCCACCGCCGAAGAGUCAGCCACUCUCCCAUCCACCGCUGAAGAGUCAGCCACUCUCCCAUCCACCGCUGAAGAGUCAGCCACUCUCCCAUCCACCGCUGAAGAGUCAGCCACUCUCCCAUCCACCGCUGAAGAGUCAGCCACUCUCCCAUCCACCGCUGAAGAGUCAGCCACUCUCCCAGCCACCGCUGAAGAGUCAGCCACUCUCCCAUCCACCGCUGAAGACCACUCAGUGGUUAAAGGAGCUUACAAAAGACAGUUACCAGAUAAAAUAA